AUGGUGGUCGCAGACGAUGUUGCCUCCGCCGCGUUGCAGGCAUUUUCUCUUCAAUCUUUCGCGCCGCCCAGCGGUCAGUUCACCAUUCUCGCGUCUUUCGUGUUAUCCCGCGGCGCGCAGAUCAAGGCGAUUUCUCUUGGGACAGGGACAAAGUGUCUCCCAACAGCGCGGUACCCCCGGCGCGGGGAGGCCUUGCGCGACAGUCAUGCAGAAGUUCUCGCGCGACGCGGCGCCGUUCGAUGGCUGCUCGAAGAGGCCGUCCGGAUGUGCUCUGAGGGUUACACGUCUGACUGGAUCGAGCGAACACCCGCCGACUACGAUGAACCGUUCAAGCUGAGAUCGGGCGCCUCGCUGAACCUGUACAUAUCCACCCCACCUUGCGGCGACGCCUCGAUGCGGUACCUCGCCGCGUUCCAAGACGCAGAGAUCGCGGCGCUGAAAGACUCCACCGCCUGGCCGGCGCUGGCUCAGGGCUCGUCCGCGCGCGGUAGAGACAACUAUGCGCUGCUCGGUGCGCUCCGGACGAAGCCCGGGCGCGCGGACUCGCCCCCGACGGCGUGCAUGUCGUGCAGCGACAAGAUCGCAGCCUGGAACGUGCUGGGCGUCCAGGGGGCUUUGGGAUCCUCCCUCUAUCGACCCGUGUACCUGGAACGCGUCGUGAUCGGCGGCGUGCCCGAGGCGCUCAGAGCAGUGGUGGGGGAGGACUGCCAGAGAGCGUUUUACAGGCGUGUCGGCGACGCCCGAGGCCUUCUUCUUCCUGAAGUGUACGCUGUGCACGCGCCGGCGGUCGCAUUCACCUCUCUCGCGUUCCCGCAUUCGCGACCGAUGCCGGUAGUCCCCGAUGCCUCUGCAGUCGGGGGUGGAGGCUUUUGCAACGAUUCGCUCUGUUGGGUCGCAGACUCGCCCCACGGACGUGAAGUGCUCAUCAAUGGCAUGAGGCGCGGCGUGCCCCCGAAGCAUCGCUUCAAGCCCAAAUUUCGACCGAUGCUGUCCAAGAUCGCGAUGUUUGACCUUUACCAACAUGCUUCACCAUCCCUUCGACGAUUACCUUCCGAUCGUCCUCAGCCUCACCCUACUUUUCAUCGCACAUACCGCGACGCGAAGGAUGCCUGUGUAACGUACCAAGCCGCCAAGGCCAUGUUGAGGGGACCCGCGGGACCGUUCGCGGGAUGGGUCGUCAGCGGGAAGGAGUGGGACCGGUUCGGUCCCGAUGGGGAAUAUGUGGAGGUGGAGGACGAACGGGAGGGGCGAGCUCACCAUGCCGUGCGCGGAAAGGGUGGUGCAGGUCAGGUCGAGGAUGAGGGAUAG